AUGGAGAAUAUCUUGAGCAGCAUCGCCGAUGCUCCCAUCGGCGCUGCUGCGAAGAAACGGGCGUACGAACUCGUGCUGAAGAUCGUGAACAAUAUUGUCGAAGCAGCCCGGAACCAGGACCCGAAUCUACCGAAGUUCAAAUGGGUGAAGGCACACGGCGGCUCGCCCGUAAGGGAAAGGGUGCUUAACGUGAGCCCGCUGUUCCGCGAGUUGCUGGAAGCUCUGGGCUUUCGGCUUAGGGUGGGCCGGCCUCCUCACUUGCAGACGGGCAGCCCGCAGGAGUACAUCGUUCUGGAGGGGGCUGUUGAUCUGGACGCCUUAGUCAGCAAUGCACAGCUCAUAGAGGCGGUGAUCAGCAGUCUGCCUGAGGAGGAGUCCUGCACUUCAGGAUCCGCAGGUGCAGCAGCCCCUUCCCCGGCUACCUGUCAGUCAAGGGAGAACUCUUCUGCAGCCCAAGACAACAGUACCUCUCCGACGCGGCAACCAUCAUCCGGGUGCGUCAUUCGUCUAAGUCCUGGUGGUAUUUCUUCAUGUUGA